AUGUCGCUGCAGGUGAAUUUAUCGUCGCCUGCUAUCCGUACUGCGUACGAAAAGGUGCUGGAUGGUGUCAAAGACUAUCUCGUUCUUUCGUACAAGAAACUCUCGAAUGAUCUCGACGUUACUGCGAACGAAAAGGGCUCGCUGGACGACCUAGCGGAGGAAUUCUCCGAUGGCAAGAUCCAGUACGCCCUCGCGCGGGUGGUCGAUCCGAAUACCAAGCUGCCCAAGUUCGUGCUGAUCAAUUGGUGUGGUGAAGGUGUGCCUGAGAACCGCAAAGGUUUAUUCGCGUCGCACAGCGCCGCUGUAGCUGACUACUUUAAAGUAUACCAUGUCUCGAUUCAGGCACGCUCCGACGAUGAUAUCGCUCCGGCGCUGAUUUUGCGCAAGGUCACAGACAGCAGCGGCAGCAAGUAUGGUGUCGCAAGUUCUCGAGCUUCCGAGCCCAUUGCGCCUGUGGGCACUUCCCACAAGCCUGUGGGUACGCCGGAUAUUCGUGGCAUGCAGGCCAAAGCGCCAAAAGACUCCAUUGCGCCCGUCGGCACAGCCUACACCCCAGCGCGAGACGAGUUGCAGCUGUUACGUGAAGGCAAGCUUAAGAACUCGGACGCGCCGCCGAUUGCGCCGCGCCCUAUGCCUAGCGCCUCGAAAGUGCCACCCCCUCGAACGACACCGGCCCCCCCUCCUUCGCAAGCUGUUCCGCCCCGCCCCUCGGCAGCGGCGCCUACGCCCGUCGAGGCACCGCCAAAGCCUGCGGAUGAUGAUCGAAUCCGGCCCGUAGGCACAGCGUAUACACCGGUCUCUCUCCCUCGACCAGGCAAGCUGUCGUCGGAUCGAACGAAGCUGUUCUCGCAGCCAUCCGAGACGUCGACCCCAGCUCCGAUCCGGCGCACAACGCCUGGCAAGCUCACAUGGAGCCAGCGUCAGGAAAUGGCACGGAAGCAGCAGGAAGAGGCCGAGCAAGCGGCUGCAGACGCCGACAUCAUCCAUACGCCUGCUUCGUCGUCGCGAAGUAACGAAGCCGCAAAGGUGGUGCCCCCACCUCCGCCUGCGCCGCCUAGCGAACCUGCGCAUUCCGUGGACGAAGUAGUCUCCAAGAUGCAGGGCACGUCGCUAGGCGAGACGGGAGGAAACACGACGUCCAAAGCGUCGCAAGGUGUGCGCGCCACGGUGCUGUACGACUAUGAGGCUGAGGAAGACAAUGAGCUGACCUUGCGUGAAGGCGAUAUUCUUACGCAGGUCGACCAGGUGGACGAGGGUUGGUGGUCUGCCACAGGCCCGGAUGGCUCGGUGGGUCUGUUUCCUGCUAACUAUGUGGAAUUGCUGGAAGACGCAGCUACUGAGGCAGCAGCGGUGCCGAAGGCCCCUUCGCCGCCUGCACCUGUACCGCCACCUGCGGCGCCGACACCGGCUGGCGAAGACGUUCCACCACCGCCGCCGCCGCCGCCGCCACCUGCACCGCCUGCACCUGCCACCGCCGAGGCCGACGACGAUACGCCACCACCACCACCUCCUCCUCCUCCUGCACCGCCAGCGCCACCAGCUCCUACUGAGGCAGCGGAUGAUAGUGCGCCGCCGCCGCCGCCACCUCCGCCGCCGGCUCCACCGGCCCCACCGGCCCAGGAGGAAGUGCCUCCGCCGCCACCUGCUCCUCCCGCGCCUGCACCGGUCCCUACACCAGCAGGCGAAGAGGUACCGCCACCGCCACCGCCGCCGCCGCCGCCCGCCACUGCCGCCACUGCCGCCGCUACGGCCCCUCAUGCCAUUGCGUUGUACGACUAUGAGAUUGAUGAAGACAACGAAAUCGAAUUGGUCGAGGGUGAUCGCAUUGUGGAUAUUGAGUUUGCGAGCGACGACUGGUGGAGUGGCAGGAACGAGCGUACGGGAGCUACAGGACUGUUCCCAGCGAAUUACGUCGAGUACCAAGGCUAG